GACCUCGAACUCGUCAGGCACGAUUCCCCCCCCUGCGACUCACGCAUCGUCGUCGGCACGUGCUGCCACCGCGGCGUCUUCGGCAAACAUCAGCCACUGCACACCCUCCGCGUAUAAAAACCACUCUCUCGCUCGCCCGCAACGACGUCGCAAGCUCCAGUAGAUAAAGGCGAGGAGCGAUCAGCCUGCGCUUCGCUCCCCUCUCCACGCUUGUCGCCGCCUACCGUUGCUCGACGGCACUACGCGAGUCAGUCGUCGUGCCGCCGGCGAGCAGUGCGGACGUAGCUCUUUCGAUCUUAACGUUCUCGCAUACGCUCGUUACAACAGCUGCCUAAGCAUAUCCAAAGAGACUUGUUCGAAAAAAAUUCCCCCUCCCGAGGGAGAGAGAGAGACAGAAAAGCCACGCGCGUAUCCGCAAGCUCUCGCGACUCGCGGGGUGUGCAGCAGACCAGCAGUCAGAAGCAGUAGCAGGGAAAUAAAGCUUUGCCGUUCGGUCGUGGUGCGCGCUGCAGCGCCGCUGCCGCCGCCGUUUAUUGAUCGGCUCGAGCCGCCAAGUUUAGCCCCCUGGGCGAGAGCGCGCGCGCAAGUUCGUUCUCUCCGCUCUCUCUCUCUCUCUCUUUCUCUCUCACUUCGUUUCAGUAGUGUGCGAGUGUCCGCCGUAGUUGUCGCCUCCCCCUCGUGCGUGUGUUUCUCUCUCGAGUAUAGUUCCUCUCUCUCGCGCGUUGGGACCAUCACCGCGACGAGAGCAGACUGCCACUUGCGUUUUUUUUUCUGUGAUACGCAAGCUGCGGACAGUAUAGACAGCGUCGUCGAGUACGGAGAGAGCAAGAGCGAGCGAGUGGAAGAAAGAUAGAGAGAGAUAGAGAGAGAGAGAGAGAGAGAACCCGCACCACGGGGCCCAGCCAGGCGGAGAGUAGGAGGAGCGGCGCCGGGCGCCGCGGCCGGGUCGACCACUACUAGCUCGUAGUAGAACCGCUGCUUCCGCCGCUCUGAGCGUUCGAUCGUCCGCUGCAUCGGAGCAAUAAGCACAGGAGCGAGACAGAGCGAGAGAGAGAGAGAGAGAUAGAGAGAGAGGCGGCAGACAGAGGGCUGCGCCGCCCGCUCGUAGUUAAGUGUGCACGCAGGAAGAAGGAAGGAAGCAACGCUGGUACGCUCGUCGCUCGUCGGCUCCGGCAUGGCUGCCCAACCGGCUUGCACGCGCUUCAGUGACAACUACGACCUCAAGGAGGAGCUCGGCAAGGGUGCCUUCUCGGUGGUCCGGCGAUGCGUGCAGAAAAGCACGAACCUCGAGUUCGCCGCGAAAAUCAUCAAUACCAAAAAACUCUCCUCCAGAGACUUUCAGAAGCUCGAGCGAGAGGCGCGGAUAUGUAGGAAACUUCAGCAUCCAAAUAUCGUAAGAUUACACGACAGUAUACAGGAGGAAAACUUCCACUACCUCGUAUUCGACUUAGUAACCGGCGGCGAGCUCUUCGAGGACAUAGUCGCGCGGGAGUUCUACAGCGAAGCGGACGCCUCGCACUGUAUCCAACAGAUCCUCGAAAGCGUCCAUCACUGCCAUCACAACGGAGUCGUGCACAGAGAUCUCAAGCCCGAGAACCUGCUCUUGGCGAGCAAGGCGAAAGGAGCGGCUGUGAAAUUAGCGGAUUUCGGAUUAGCGAUAGAGGUACAGGGUGACACGCAGGCAUGGUACGGUUUCGCGGGAACGCCGGGCUACCUGAGCCCCGAGGUGCUGAAGAAGGAGCCCUACGGCAAACCCGUGGACAUCUGGGCCUGCGGAGUCAUCCUCUACAUUCUGCUGGUCGGCUACCCUCCGUUCUGGGACGAGGACCAGCACCGGUUAUAUGCACAGAUCAAAUCCGGAUCCUACGACUACCCAACACCAGAAUGGGACACCGUCACACCGGAGGCGAAAAACCUCAUCAAUCAGAUGCUGACGGUGAACCCCAGCAAAAGGAUCACCGCCAGCGAGGCCCUCAAGCACCCAUGGAUCUGCCAACGUGAGCGCGUUGCCAGCAUAGUCCACAGACAAGAGACUGUCGACUGCUUGAAGAAGUUCAAUGCCAGGCGCAAAUUAAAGGGCGCCAUUUUGACCACGAUGCUGGCGACAAGGAACUUUUCCAGUAAGUAUGAGGCACCCGGUCGAAGCAUCAUCACGAAGAAGGGCGAUGGAUCGCAGGUGAAGGAGUCGACCGACAGCACCACAACGCUCGAGGAUGACGACGUCAAAGAGGAUAAGAAGGGCGGUGUCGACCGGAGCAGCACGGUCAUUGCCAAAGAACCCGAAGUAGCGUACGCCUCGCAAGGGACGCCGCCGAGCAGUCCUGCCGCGGCGGCUUCGGUCUUCUCCAGAGUGAUAGGGGCGGCGCAGGCUCAGAAGCAGACGCCCGGAAGUCCUCUCGGAAUCGCCGCGGUUUUGUUGCAGGGCGCACAAGCGGUGGGUAGCGGCGGCAGCAGUUCCAGCCAUAGCAGCAGUAGUAACAGCCAGAACAGCCAGAGCGGAGCCUCGCCGGUCUACCUCACCUCCGCAGCCACGGCGGCAGCCAACGGCCUACUCAACGCGCCCAGGCGCCAGAGCUCUGCCUGCACCGAGGCCGAAGGACCACGCCAGACGCCCGGAGGCUACGUGCAGCUGGGCUACGACCUGGAAGACGCUCGGCGCCAGGAAAUCAUCAAGAUGACCGAGCAGCUCAUCGAGAGCAUCAACACCGGAGAUUUCGAGGCGUAUACGAAAAUCUGUGAUCCCCACCUGACCGCGUUCGAACCAGAGGCUCUAGGUAAUUUAGUCGAGGGAAUGGAAUUUCACAAAUUUUACUUUGAUAAUGUAGUACUCGGGAAGAACUGCAAGGCCGUUAACACAACGAUCCUGAAUCCCCACGUGCACCUGCUCGGCGAGGACGCCGCCUGCAUCGCGUACGUCAGACUCACCCAGUACAUGGACAAGCAAGGCGUGGCACACACCCAGCAGAGCGAGGAGAGCCGCGUCUGGCACAAGAAGGACAACAAGUGGCAGAACGUGCACUUCCAUCGGAGCGCGGUGACGGGCCCCUCGCCCUUCUCCUUCAACAAGUAAGGUGUGCUUAAACGACCCGGCGAAUUUCACCGUCAACUCGACAACAGCAACAGCAGCGGCUGCAGCGCCGACGGCGCCGCUUUCAACGCCUGCAGCAACAAGCGCCAGAAAACCAAGAGCUAAGAAGAACAACCCAAAAGCUGUAGCUACAACACACUUACACCUAACAAAACACGUUGUUGUCCCACUGAUGAUGUUGAUGAUGAUUUUGAUGAUGAUGAUGAUAAUGAUGAUGAUGAUGAUGAUGAUUAAGCCGAGGAUUAUUGUUGCGAGAGGCGAUGCAGACAAUGAUGAUGAUGAUAAUGAUGAUGAUAACGAUGAUGUUGAGGGAAACGCGUAGCAGAAGCAGCAGCUAUACCCGUACUUAUAUCCUACACUGCACGAGACGAAGAGACGGAAGCGGUGACGUGAGAGAGGGAACCAUGCUUACAACUCUUAUAUUUCUUAGCUAGAGUAACAAAUUUUAAGCGCGUACCGUAGAGAAGCGAGUCGCUUAGAGUGAUCUUCGGCCAGUUCGAGCCUUAAAAUCGACCAACGUGCCACCUAUAUAGCCGCGUUAAUCUCUCAAUCGAGAAAAGCAAGAAACUGCAACAAAACAAAACAAAAAUAUUAAGAGAGAGAAAAACAACUUAUUAAAAAACACACACAACCACUCAGGGGUCUCUUCGUCCGGGCCCGAGACCCUCGGAUCAACAAGACUGCUAUCGAAACGAUAAGGGCCAGCAUUUCAGUGUCUACUUAAGUAUACAUAGUCGAGAAAAAGAAGAUAAUGAUGAUGAUGAUGAUGAUGAUGAUGAUGAUGAUGAUGAUGAUGAUGAUGGUGAAAGAUGAUUUUAAGAGAGAUCAACAGAGGGAGAUCAACGAGGUUACCACGGUGCAUGAUAUUGAAUCCUGAGCUUGUUGAGAGACACGGUGAAAAUUGGACAAACUUAAAAAAAAAAAAGAAAUGGCCAUAGCGGGUCGAGUAUCAAGCGGAGGACGACACACAAAAAGAAAGUAUUAAACACGCCCGAGGUAAAGAGAAAUGGUGGUGGAUGAUCGUCGCUACUGCGAAAACAAGGGGCUGAGGAGAAUUAUAAGCGAGAGAUAUAUACACAUAUAGAUAGAGAAGAGACUCCGAUCGGACCAAUCGUCAGCGUUCCUCAACUGUUCCGCACCUAUAUACACGCAUACACACAACACACACGAUUCGAUAGCUGAUGCACUCGACUCGCGCAAGCGCACGACUUACAAUCGCUCCAAUGCUCUACUACGUAUAUCCGUUUGAUGAUGGAAACAGAGAGAAAGAAAGACACAUGUAAAAAGGCAUCUGCAACAACACAUAACACACAUACACGAAACACAGCUAAAUUAAACAAGAGAAAAAGGAAUAACUAUACUCUCUGAAUAUACUAUGUACGAGCGCCCGGAAGAGAGGAAAAGAUUUUAAACCAAAGCAUCCAAAAAAAUAAAAGAUAUUAUAAAAAUGCAAAAAAUAAUAAUAAUAAUAACGCAAAAAUUGUAAUCGCUCGGAGCUGUGUGUUGUCCUGCUGUAAGUGUGCGUCCGUGUGUGAGGCUGCGUGCGUAAGUGUUUAUUAUCUACGCAUAUAUGAAAAUAAAUAUUAUAUAUAAACCAUACGUCUCGAACGUUUCUCGUUCUCGCGCAUUUGAGUUUUUACGAGCUUCACGCGGUCGUUCUUUUCUAUCUUUUUAGAAUCGUUGAUGAAGUAUGUAAGGCCAGAAAAACCGAAAUCGUCCGUUUUAUCGCGAAGGAUCGUGAGGCUGCGAUGGGGAGAGCACGACAUGUCUACCAGAAUAUGUAAGCAAAAUAAAAUAAAUAAUGUUUCAACGGCGCGAUACGUGCGGAAUCUUUCCGAGAGUGAUUGAAGCUCUCGUACACACCAGCGUAGUUUUUUCUUUCCGAUGUGUAAUAGCGACGACAGACACAAAGACACACGUAUUGCUCAAAUUUUUCCCGACUCGUUAACACUUUGUCAAGUUCAAAUAUGAUAUACAUAUUAUAUAUAUAAACAAGAAAAAACUACUGUCACUUUACGAUGAAAAAAAAAAAUAAUAAUAAUAAUAACAUUGAUGCUGCUGAUAAACGAAUGUAGCGGAUCCGUUGGCGAUAUGGGAGGAUCGAAGGAUCGGUGGCAGUAGCUGCCUGAGCAGGCUUUAAGAUAGCGGUCGACGAUGAUUAUGAUAAUGAUGAUAUAAUGAAUUGUACAGGAAAAAAAUCUUUUAAAUCUUCCACGAGUCGUUUCUUUCGUAUAAAAAAAAAGUCAUUUCUAUAUAGUGCGUAUAUUAAUAAACGUGAAGGCACACCCUGUAAUGUUUACGUUGUUACUCUAGCAUCUCGUACUCUCGUACUAAUUAGGGAAUAAAUAUCAGGAGCAAAAGAGAAAAAGAUCGCGACGCCGGAGACACUUACACACACACGAGCUGCUCUAUAUACUACUUAUAUAUGUGUAGCGUCGUCGCGCGCAACAUGAAGUUUGCCGUAUAGCGAGAGAGAAAUAAAGUAAAAGAAAAAAAUAAUAAAAUUAUAAUAUGAAUCACUUUCACCCUUUCACGCGCAUGUAUAUGUACAUACAUAUGUUCGAGUGUGAAAAAGUAAGAAGAGAUAAACUUUUUUCAUAAGUAAGUAAACACGAGUUUAUGAAGUGGAUGAUUUUGAUGAUGACGACGACGAUAAUGAUGAUGGUAAUGAUGAUGAUAUGAGCGAGAGUAAGAGUGAAUGGCGCGCACGUAUGCUGCGAGGGUAGCCGAUAUGGAGCUUCGAGGGAGCAUUUUAGAGGGGAUGAUGGUGAUGAGUUGAAUGUAGAAUUCGAUGCUUACAAACGAACGAAAGAAUCGGUGGGCAAACCAAAGCUUGAGUUGUUCAGGGUCGGGCGAACGCGACGAGGACAAGUGUACUCCGAGUAUGAUCCGCGCUCUCUGUCGUAUCUCUCUUUAUAUAAUAAAUGUUAUAUAAAUACAUACAUAUGAAUUUAAUUAAAACAAAAGAAACAAAAAAGACAAACAAAUGAGUAUAAGAGUGUGGAGUCAGCAACGAAGCUUGCCGCGUGCGCUAAAUAGUUGGUUGCUCGUCACCGAGAGAAAGAGAAAAUUUUUGGUAAAAAAAGUAAAAAAAAAUAUGAGAGUGCAGCAGCAAAUUUGAGAGAAGAGAGUGGAGAGGCAUUAAGCGAUUAAGAUUGAAUUUUUAUCGAAUUUAAGUCACUACGAUAUGAAUCUUUCUACACGUUCGUACAUCCUUUACUAUAGUGUGUAAAACUAAGUAUAAAUGAAAAUCUCCAUCUAAAUAAGAGAAAGAUUAAAGGAACAUUUUUCGCCAUCGUAUAUAUAUUAUAUAUAAAUAUAUAAAUAUAUACAUAUUAAUAAAAGAAACUACGAUAAAGGUAUGAUUUAAUAUAUUGCAAGAAUGAAAAAAAGUACUAUAUAAAUAUAAAUAAUAUAUAUAUAAUAUAAAUAUAAAUAUAAAUAUUAUUAAGGUAAAAUUAAAAGUUAUAUGAAUAUAGUUAUUUCUACUAUUCUGUAAUUCGUCGCUUCUACGUGUGAUUGUUGUAUAAAGUAUUUGCCAUUAAUUUCUUCUCAGACUUACUAUACGCGUUAUACGAUUAUAUUGCCAUUAUUAUUAUCAUAUUAUAUACUGUUAUUCUCUGUCAUCGUCAUUGACAUUGCAAUUUUACUAUUACCGCCAGCACCACUGCGCUAUAUCAUUAUAUCGACUAUUGAUUAACCGUUCUAUGUAUCGAUCGACGAAUCUUGAAUUAUCAAAGCAGAAGCAAAGGCAAACAAAUAUUCAAUUCAACUAAACCGUUAUCUAAAGCAGCCGAUGUUACCAGAAAAAGAUAUUGCAACUUCAGAUGGACUGCGUAAUAUGAUUGUUGUAUUCAUUGUGUGCAAUAUUUCGUUUCCUAUAUGAAUGCGUACGACGCAACUUUAAUCGAUUAUAAUUGAAAGCUCUUCAAAAUAGACGCCGGUAUUUCCGCGCUGCCAUAUCUUUAUUGCCGUAUCGCUCUACAUUAACAAAACAAAAAAAAAUACCUAUUCAAGGAUGAAAAAAAAAAAUUUUGCGGAAUAUAGCCGAUUGCGAGCGCGAUACCAAAAAAGAAAAGUAAAUGGCGCGAGGUUUACAACAAUGUGCGCGCGGUGUAGACGCGAUAAAAGCGAAGCUGGUCAUGCUUAAAGUUGUUUCUUCUUGUUAUAUAGAAAAGAAUUUACUACCGCGAGUCGUCGACGCCUGACCGAGUCAAGCUCUCGGCUGAAAGUCUAUAGAUACUUACCAUGUGUAUAUAAUAAGCUUCACAAACAAGCUUGAGAACAGCAACACUGUUGGGAGCUUGCAUGAAGUUUCCUUCCCGUAUACAUUCAAUCGAUUCAUUCUUCAUUCAAAGCCGUAUAUCUCCGUUGUUAUAAAUGACCUGAAAAUUCAACUUUGUGCUUCGAUAACAAUGAGAUUACACGAUUUUCAUUUGUAUUCCGUCUUAUUGAAGAUUCAUGCAAGUUGCCGAUUUUAGCUCGACGUUUGACACACAAGAGUCGAUUGAUGUACUCCUUUCUUCUCAGCCUUGCUCCCCCCAUGAUAUCGACUUCUGUUUCUCUGUCGUAUACCAAGAUGUGCGCGCACGUAAUAUAAUCUGUCGAUUUUAUCCUUCGUCUUGAAUAUGCGAUUGUGUCAUUGUCCUGAAUUUUAAUGUCGUAGAUUUAAGUUUUCAUGUGUCUAUUAGUGGAGAGAAAGCCAGAAGACAUAAGAAAGGAGAUGAAUAUACUUUCAGCGAGGCAGAGCUUGAAUGAUCUUCGAUCGUCGACAAGAUUGAAAUAUUUAAUACUAUGGGUGUGUGCCACUUGUUGACUCAGGGCUUUACUGUAGACCUGCCGCGUCUUCAUGAAAAAAAAAACUACACGAAAUUAUACUUAAAACAAAUUUAACCUCUUAACGAACGUAAUAUGAAAUACCAAAAAAGACAUUAGAAAAAAAAAUACAAGAAAAAACUCGAAUAAAUCAAAUAAUUAUUGUCAAAUUUUAAAAUAAAUAUUUCAUGUACUCAGAUACUAAAAACAUCAUACAAUUACAAUAGUCUUUCAUUAUUAUUGUUAUAUAUAAACAAAGCUGUCCUUUUAUAUAUAUACAUAUUGUAGAACAACUUUGCAAUAAAGUUCUGAAAACAGUUAAAAGAGAAAACCUUCCAAAACUCGCAAACCUUUUGAAAAUUCUUCUUUUUAUUAUACUAUUUUUUUAUUGACGUUUUAUUUUUAUUUCUUUAUAUACGCAACUUUAUAUAUAUAUAUUUAUAUGCAUACGGUCAAAUACGUUAAGCGGUUAAACCGAUAUUUUUACGCUAUGAUAAAAAACCUGAAACAAAAAACUGAACACAUAUUAUAGUGAAGUCGACGAAUAACUGAUUACAAGCGUUUGGUCCGAAAAAUCAUGCAUCGAGGGGUGAAAUACAGAAAAAAACUGACCAACUGAAAAAAGUAAACCAGAAUCAUAUUAAGGGCGUCAACGAGAUAAAUAUAAAAAAAAAACGUGGACAUCGAGCAGAUACUCACUGUUUGGCCUAAACUAAUGUCGAUUCAGAUAUGUGACGAUUAUGAAUUAGCACAGUACAUUAGAAAUAUAUAACGAAGCAUGAGCAGGCAACAAAUUUUAAUUGAAGCAAAAACAUUAAACGAUACCUUUAUAUAAGUCGGUUCCGCGAACUAUUAAGCCUUUAUACAAUGUUGUUUAUCAUUUGAAGAGUAUUAGGUAUACACUUAUCAAGAAUUGAGCUUAUAUUAUAUAGACAAAAAAUGAAUCUUAUUCAAAGUAUAAUAUAUACUAUUCAAAAUAGCCUUUGGCAUUGUUCGCUCACGAGACUCCCCGUAGUAUUGAAAUAUUCGAUUUGAUAAAUAAAGUAUAUCAAAAACUUGUUCAUCCCGUUGUUGCUCACAAUUUUUACUUGCUUCGAGUCUAUAGUCAAGCUAAACGAUGUACUUAAAAUUUCAACUGUUGAUAAAGUUCACCCGUACAUGCGUUUCGAUAUUUUUACAUGUUUCUACGGAACAUUUCUCAGUAAGGAUUGCAGAGCUAUAUCUCUAAUAUACAUCGGUUAAAUAUACACAUAACUGCGUUGUCACUUUCUCGUUGUAUAGAAGUUAUACGUUAUUUGUAUAGGUAGAUGUGUAUUCAAUUUUAAUCGACAUAUGUGUAUACGCGAACACGUGUAAACCUUGUUUCUCAACUUUGGGAAAAGAACAGAUAUAACUCGCCCGAAACGCGCAACCGUUCCUUUUUUGACUACACUUUUUUUCAUUUUUAUAUAAUAAUAAGUGAUUGUUAUAUCGGUACGUCUCACUCUCGCGGAUAUUAAACUAUAAUGCCUGUUCUAUAUAUAUAUGCAUACAUAUUAUUUCUCAACACUUGUUAAACCAGCUCCAAUUGUUUACUUUUUGUUUUAUAAUGAUACAGUUGUAUAAAAAUAAUAGACGGAAGAGUAUGGCGACAUAGGGGAGACGAGUAAUUGUUGCAAGGCAGCGCUUAUAACUGAUACGACUGUGUAAGUGUAACUAAUUAUUGUUUUUACUAUACACAGAAUAAUAGUGGGAUUGUUCCCUGGAAAGACGGACACGAUUCUAUAUGUUGUGCGAGACGUACCGCAAAAUUCAAAAAUGGAAAAAAUACGUUCGUACGAUUGUUGCACCUACAUAUUAUAUAUGAUAUACACACUGCGGGCCGCAUUUUCCUUAAAAAAAAAAAAAAAAAAAAAAAAAAAUA